UAAAAGGGGGAUGGGCCAUGGCCAUAGGGGUCGAGUGAGAGUCGCGGGAGGCAGCAGAGAGAGAGAGAGUACGGACAUUUACGCUUACUCUGUCACUCCUCGCGGAAAUCGCCCGAAUUUCUGGCGGUGGAGAUUUCCGUCGUCACGUUGCUGAAAAUGGGGAAUCAGAAGCUCAAGUGGACGGUGGAGGAGGAGGAAGCGCUGAAGGCCGGCGUGGCCAAGCACGGCGCCGGAAAAUGGAAGACUAUCAUCAUGGAUUCCGAAUUCGCCGAGAAGCUUGCCGGCCGAUCCAACGUUGAUCUCAAGGAUAAAUGGCGGAACAUGUGUGCUAACCAAGGGCAGGGGGAUAGUGCUGCGACCCCUAAAAGCGAUAGCGACAGCAAGGCUUCUGAAAGCCCGCAAGAUGAUCAAGAUAUCCCUGAUGAAAUGAUUCUUGAAGCAGUUUCGUCAAUCCAGGGCAGCAAUGGAGCCACUUAUGGUGAAAUCGCAAGCUUUAUUGAGCAAAAACAAGAGUUAACCCCAGACCUUCGAAGGACACUGGGCUCAAAGCUGAGGAAACUUAUUUCUGAAAAUGCACUUGAGAAGGGGCAGAACCGCUACAAGAUUAAAAAUGCUGCAACUGAUACCAACGCACCUGCGCAAGAAAACCCGAAUGCUGAACCAAGUCCACCACAAGCGCGCGAGCAUAUCAUCACUACUACAGAUGCUAAAGAAGCAGCUGAAAUAGCAGCUCAGAGAGUUGCCGAGGCAGAGAACAAAACUUAUCUGGCAGCUGAAGCGAUGUUGGAGGCCGAAAGAAUCUCUCAAAUGGCCGAAGAAGCGCAUGAGCAGCUUAUGCAGUUGGAGGAGAUCAUAGAGCAGUUUAUGCCGGGGUUAACGGGUGGAAACAGAAACAGAGACUGAAGGUCGGAUCAUAACAUAUGAUGUUAUGUCUAAGGAGUGAUUGAGAUUAAGCAGUGAUUGAGUAAGUUGUUUGUCAUUGAACUGCUCCAUUUUCAUUUCAAUCUUGAAUUAGAAUUUGAAUUGCUGAAUUUGUACAUAAGAUUGGAUUGCUAUGUUGUUCUGGUGCUUGUUGGAGACCAAUUAUCUUGCUUUAAUUUGUGUCUCUGUUUUUAUUUUGGUGC